AUGCAUAUUGAAAGGUUGACUACGAGGCUGCGGGAUGACUCUCUCUUGGCAUUCCCGAUUGGGGACCACCCUAAAUACUCAGCGACAAGGAGACACAAGACGAAAGGGCGUCCUGUUUAUUGUGCGUGGCGCGGAGACAGACGCAGUUUCUGUCACUGCACUCAUUACCAUGGCCAGAACUUCUUUGCUACCCUCAAUGCGAUCGUUGAGACCCAGGCCGAGAACCUUCCACACAUAUUUGACGACAAUGGAGCAAGACCGAGCACGAGGCUGGCUCAUAGCGACAGGAAGCCGGCUCCCCAUCUCGAUUUCCGUUCCUUCGUCGAUGAGCUCCGCUCUGACAAUGACCUGGCAGAUAUCAACGCCGAAGUUGACCCUCACCUUGAAGUAGCAGCUAUCAUUAGACGUGCGUACGAAGUUCGUUCCAAGGCGCCACUGUUCAACAACGUCAGAGGCGCCAGAGAUGGACUCUUUCGCAUCCUCGGGGCACCAGGAGGACUUUCGCAUGAUUCAAAGUAUCCUUACAAGUGUCUGGCCCGCCACCUCAGUCUUCCACCAACUGCUCGUCUGAACGAUGUCAUUGACAGAAUGCUUUCGGCCAAGGGAGCAGCACCAAUUCCUCCAGUUCAUGUCUCCGAUGGACCGUGUAAAGAAGUCAAGAUAUUCGGUGACGAUAUUGACCUCACACGUCUUCCAGUGCCCCUUCUCAACAAAGCCGAUGGCGGGAAUUACAUCCAAACUUUGGGAAUCAACAUAGCGUUAGGAGCACCGCCUAUCGCAGUGAUGGCAGCGAGUAUGCCAUUACCCCAGGGAGUAUCCGAAGCAGAGUACGUGGGAUCGCUUUGCGGAUCGCCUCUCGAAUUAGUCAAAUGUGAGACGAAUGACAUGUGCGUGCCUGUGAACAGUGAAAUUGUACUGGAGGGCACCAUUUCGGUCAAAGAUCGAUGCAAAGAAGGUCCGUUUGGUGAAAUACAAGGGUAUAGCUUCUUGGAUGAGAAUUCUUUGCAGCCAUUGUACAAAGUUUCGGCGAUCACUCAUCGAAAGAACCCGAUUCUUCCAGUUUGCGUGCCAGGACGAGCUACUGGGCCAGACAAGACGCACACAAUGAUAGGCACUCUUGCGGCCGCGGAGAUCAAGCAUCUGUUGCAGCAGGAUGGGCUUCCUGUCAUGAAUGUCUUCACCCCGUUCGAGUCGCAGGUCAUCUGGGCGGCCGUUCAGAUUGAUCGAGCUAAAUUGGCAAAACUCAGCACCAAUGCCAACGAACUCUGCAACAAGAUUAGGAAUAUGAUCCACCGUUUACUCAUCGUCGGCGAUGACAUCGACCCAUUCAGAUUCGAAGACGUCACAUGGGCGUUUGCUUCGCGAUGCAGACCUAGUCUCGAUGAAUUCCAUUUCGAAGACGUGCCGGCUUAUCCGUUGGUAUCCUCCAUGUCCCAUGGCAUUGGGACUAAAGUGACGGGCGGAAAAGUGGUAGGGAAUUGCCUGUUGCCUAGCAAGUACAAGGGUGAGCAGGGCUGGGUUACCUGCGAUUUCGAAAACGGGUAUCUUGACGACCUCAAGAAAAGAGUGCUGUUGAGAUGGGCAGAAUUUGGAUUAUAG